AUGUCAGACGACGAAGAAUACAUAUGCUCUAGAAGGUUACUCCACCAGAAAAACAAAAAUGUAGUAUCCAAUGACCAUGUUGCAGUGUCUGGUCUGGAUAAUUUCAGUAGACAAACUGUUGAUCAUAGUGCUGAGGUACCAAUUCAAAAUGCAGAUGAGGCGGCUGGGUAUGCUUCUGAUUAUGGAGACAGUGAGUGUGAUGUGAAUUCUCUUGGCACAUCUGAGGAAGAGAACUUGGAUGAGGUAGAUAAACUGCAAAGGAAGAUGAGGAAGGUCUAUGACCCUAGAUGUGAUCAUAAGUCCUUGCAGUUUGUAGUAGGCAUGAGGUUUGAAAGCUGCCAACAAUUAAAAGAGGCUGUGCAGAAGUGGGGAAUUGUAAUUGGACGUAAUGUGAAAAUUGUUAGGAGAAAUUUCAAUAAGUUUGAGGCUGUGUGUCAUGAGGGAUGUAGAUGGAGAUUGUAUGCUAGCUUGAUAAGGGAGGAAAACACUUUUGCUAUUAGGAAGCUACAACCCAAUCACACAUGUAGUAGAGUAACAAGGAAUAGAGCUGCUACAUCUAAUUGGAUUGCAAAGGAAUUUAUCUCAAAAUUUAGGAGAAAUCCUAAUUGGGAUGUAAAGGAAUUGGCAGGUGAUUUGAUGGAGAAGUAUGCAGUUGAUGCAGGAAAAUUCAAAUGUUAUAGAACUAGGUAUGAGGCUACAAAAAUGUUAAAGGGUUCAGUUACUGAACAUUAUGCCUUAUUGAGGUCAUACAAGGCAGAGUUAAUGAGGGUUGAUAGAGCUGGCAGGUUUGAUUUUUUAAUUAAUGAAGCCGAUGAAUUGGGUGGGGCCCUAUUAGCUGCAGUUGCAAAAGAUGGGAAUGAUCAGAUGUAUCCUGUGUUUUGGGCAGUAGUUCAAAGUGAGAAUGAACAUUUUUGGACUUGGUUUAUGAACAUUGUUUUUGAGGAGCUAAAUCUUGGGGAUGGGCUAGGCUGGACUUUUAUAAGUGAUCAACAAAAGGGCCUUUGCAAUGCCAUAGGAAAGCUGGCACCCCUGGCCCAACACAGAAACUGUGCAAGACAUGUGUACUGCAAUUGGAAGAAAGAGUUCAAGGGUCAGGCAUUGAAGAAAUUAUUUUGGAUUGCAGCAAGACAAACUUAUGAGGCUGGCUUGAAGUUGGCUUUGACAAAACUGAUGGAUGAAAAUGAGGCAGCCUAUUUGGACUUCAUACAAAGGGAUCCCACCAAAUUCUGUAAGGCUUAUGUUUCUGAGCAUAGUAAAAAUGAUAUGAUAGACAAUAACAUAUGUGAAACCUUCAAUGGGUACAUUGUUAGGGCUAGGGUCAAGCACAUUAUAGACAUGCUAGAGGACAUUAGGGUUAAUCUUAUGGAGAGGACUCACACUAAACUGACACAUAUGUGUGGGGAACUGAUACAAUUUGUCCUAGGAUUAGAAAAAAGUUAG